AUCGACUCGAUCGGUGAUCCUUGAAACAUGGACUGGGUCCUGCCAGGACGUUUAAUCAAUCGCGGUGAGACAGGAUCAAAAAUCGGACGUAGGAGCCUGUUCUUUAGCUAAAAUGAUAUUCAACCGGUUGCUACAUAGAGCUGUUCUCGACAGCAGAGUUGGAUCCAGGUCUGUAUUCACAAGCUCCAAGCCUGACAUUGCCAACCCCAACUGGCUGCGAGUUGGCCUUGCCUUUGGAACAUCAGCUUUCCUCUGGGGCCUGCUCUUCAAGCAGCAGAGCGCUGAUGUCCAUGAGUACAAAGUGAGAAAUGGCCUGGAAUAACCCAGCACACUGGGGUCGUCAGGUUCUUUCUAUAGGAUGCACCUGUUUCUCUGCUUGUUUCUAUUUCCACUGUUCCCGAUUCCUCACUCUGCGUUCUGUGUAAAAUAAAAAUAUAUAUCAUGUCA